CCAUUUCCAUCAACAAACCAAUCAAACACAUCAAACAUUGAAAUUUUCCUAACAAAAAACAGAACACAUCCUAUUUAUUUUCAAAUCCAUUGAUCAAACAAUAUGCAAUCAAUUUCCUUGAUCAAAUCCUCACCAAUUCCAUUUCUAUCCAACAAGCCUGCAGCAGUUUCUUCUAAUGGCAGGAAAUCCAGCUAUGUCAUGGCUUCUUCUAGAAGAGAAGCAGAGAAUUUUGGUGGGAGGUUGGUGGAUGAGAGCAUGAUCAUCCUGAGGAAGAGGAUCCAUGAGAUGAGCAUGAUUGAGAAGAACUAUGAGGCUCCUUCAGAUUGGAUGGACUGGGAGAAACGUUAUUACACAAGCUAUGACUCCUUUAUAUGUGAAGCAAUGGGAGUUUUGCAAACUCAAUUGAUGAAUACAAGGCCUAGUGUUGCUCUUGGAGCAAUUGCUUUGAUUGCAUUGAGUGUUCCUACUUCUUCUGCUGUGGUUCUGCAUCAUCUUGUGGAGUUGGCCAAUAAUGUUUUGGCUGGGAUUCAUCUUAAUUAGCCAACCUAUUUUUUCUCAGAAUCAAUUCUGAUACUCGGAGCUAGUCAGAGAAGCUUCUUAGCAUAAUUGAUUUUGACCAUAAAAUCGACAGUAGAAGAAUUUCCAAACAUGUAUUGAAUUAGUGGUUUGGUAUUUGGAUAAACCAUUUAAUUCAUUUAGAUAAUAUGUACAAGAGAGGGAAGCAACACCUUUUAGAUGUAUUUGCCCAGAAUGCUAUUGUUUAUUUAUUUAUUUCUGGUGUAUAUAGUGUAUACUACACGCCUCAUAUGUAGUUAUAUAUUAUUGAUUUGAUUACUUCCCUUUAAUAUCAUUUGCUCUUACUUGAAA